GAAUGGCUUCGACUGGCUGGCUAAACCAAGAGAGGGUAGCCAAUGGGUCUCAAACCCUCGGUCAGUUAGGGAUUUCCCCUGCAUGCGAAGACAGGUUCCAGCAGAUUGAGUGAAUGAGACUUAUAAUGAGUCCAAUAGCCAAGAAGGCAGUUUCUGCAUAUGCCAUAGAUGUAGAGGGAAGUGGUGGUCAGAUGGGGCUUGCCAGCCUGGGAGAAGGAAAAAACUGAUCCUAAACCUCCACUGUCUUCUGGGAUAUUUUCAGGAGAAAAAAGAUUAAGGAGUAACCCCUACACCAAUCCCAAGUGGAGUCCCUAAGAUGGUUGGAUGGCAGCUUGUACUACUACUGGCAACCCCUGCAGCCAAGCUGGUGCCAAACGUAUUGCUCUGCUUUCCUUAGAACCACAUCAGUGAGGGCAAGAGGAGGGUCUUGUUGCCUGGGCAGCCGCUCAGUCUUGCACCCCAGGGAGCUCACUUUGGUGCUGCUAACACAGUGGUUUGACUUCACCCCUGCAGACACACUCCAUUGUGUCUUGAGACAUUCUGUCCCUAAAUGUGGAAAAUACACUUUUGCCCUGGUGUCCAGCUUCUCUUUCUGGCCUCUCCUCACCCACUUUCCUCAAACGCCUACCAGGUCAUGCCCCUCCCCAGUCUUGCUUGCCUGGGUGAAGGCUAGAGAGAGAUGUUCAAGCGUGUGCAGAAACUAGCCUACUGUACAAAGGUAAAAUGUACAUUCAUUGCCCCCUACUUCUGUUCCUGGCCCCACUGUGGCUAGCAUGUGGGCUAGCAGAAGGCAUUGCAGGGUGAAAAAGGUCCUCCACCCACCACAUAACAAAUCCACAUUAAAAAAGAAUAAGAAGGUUUGGCAAGUGAUGGGGAAAUGUAUUGAAAAGUGUGGGAUGAACAAAAGAACAGGAAGACAGAUAAACCACCCCACAAUCAAAUCAGGAUAAAAGCAGGCUAGAUGCUCGUCAUAUAAACACCCCCGCAAACAAAUGGGAAUGAAUGUUCACUUAAAAACUGGAUAUGAUCUAACAACACUGUAAGCAUUGUGCAAGCAAAUAAUAAUAAAUGCUCCGUAGUUAGGUGGUUUGGGGGAGCCUACAGAGAGGGAGAGUUUGCGUCUGGUGCAAUAAUGGGCUGUUUGGGAUUCCUUUUUACUUUUUGCAAGCUUCCACUGUGAAUGUUGUGCCUUCCUUCUGCAUAUCAGAGAAAGCAGGAGAUGUACAGAACUCCCUUUGCAGCUGCCCCAUCUACCACUGUGACUUGUAAAGUCUGCCCCACCUUUGCAGAAGAGCAGAAUAAUCUGUCUUGAGCACAAGGGAGGUGCCCAAGGGACGGGGGUGGGGUGGGGGAGAAGUCAAAAUACUGAUGUAGAAGGACCUUUGAAAGGUAGCUGCAAACAUUUUCAUUUUUAAAAAAUGACCGGAAAUUUGUGAAUUGGGGAAUGUCAGUAUGGUGCCAUUGCACAUACUUUUAGUCUGAUGUGGCCCAUUCAUGUUUCAGAUCUUUUUGUAACACAAAGGUCUACUUUAUUAUACUUUUCUUAUGGUGAGAUUCUUCCUUUUUUAUGUAGUGAAGUAUGCUUGUGAAUUUAUGCUUUUAAUGUACCGUAUGCAUUGUCAAUUAAAUACCUGAGGCACAGCCCUGCAGUACUUACAUAGCAAGUUUUCUAUUUACCCUGUCCUAGAAAGUAUUUCCUCCUUUCUGUUACAAUCAUUACUAAAUAUAUACUGUAUGUAUCAAUUUCCAUCAAACAUAAUUUUUAAAAUAAAAAUCGGUGUCCUCUUUUGUUGUUGUUUUUUGGCGGGGGAGAUGGGUAGGUUGAUUCACUCCCAAACAACAUCUCAUCCGUGGGUGUAGCAAAGGGGAGGCAGGGAGGGGCAGCUGCCCCCUGAAUCAAUAAAAAUACAUUGCAAACAGUAUGUCUUUUUGAAAACGCAGUGUUUGUCAGGAGGGGCAUGUUAAUGCUUUGGCAGAGCUAUGCCAUGAGCUAUGAGCGUGAAUUUAAACACCUUUGCAGCAUGAUAAGGAAAAGAAGUAUUAACAUACCAGUGUCCGGAGCAGAUAAGAUACUCUGGGCGUGUAGUUUUUCUUUUUUCCUGAAACUCUUCAUUUAGCACUAAAGCAGUACAUGUGUCAGAUGAUUCUAUGUUGGAAUUAAACUCUUUUUCAUAUAUAUUUAUAAAUUAAGAAACUGAAAAUGGAAAGCUUAGAAAAAGACCAUUCCUAUUCUGAAAAUCCACAGCAGCCAGUGGUCGCAGCGGAGGACUAUGCAGUUCCAGAGGUUGCUGUCACACGCCAUUUGAGAGACCGAGAGCUUCUCAGAAAAAGGAAAGCCGAGGCGGAAGAAAAAAACACUCACCAGUGGGUCCUGAGGGAGCAGAAGAGGAGCAAGCCAACAGGAAGGGGAAGAGGGGCCCGGAGAGGCAGGGGCAGGGGCAGAGGCCAGCAGCAGGCUCCAGAGCCACAGGAAGAACCUCAGCCGGAAACAGUGGUGGAGGAAGAUAAGCCUGAGCUACAGGUGACUAAACUGGAGGCGGCGGCCCAGAAGAGUCUAGAUCUCCCAGCGAAGUCUUCUAUCCCUUUUCUGGAAGCUGGAGAACUAUAUACUCAGAAGGAACUAGCGGAAGGAGUCCCCCUUGCGAGUGCUGCUGAGGAGCUGUGCACUCAGCAGGAAACAGCUGGUGCAACCCCAGACAGAAGUGCUGUUUUCUCAAUGGAACCAGUGGAGACACCAAGAUCAGAAGAACCAGGAGAAAUUCCUCAAUCCGUGGAAAAUGAUCAUUUGGAACAAAAGUUCUAUGGCUUGCUUUAAUUGGCAGUAAUUUUUCCACUGUUCAACUUGAAACACUGUUAGAAUACAUGAUACCUGCUAUUCUUGUGUGAGCAAUAAAAGCCAGCGGCCUUUGCUGCUGUCACCUUUCUGCAA